UUCGCGGCUAGCCAUGAUCUGAAGUGCUCAUGGUGCGCAGCGUGAUAGUGUAUGUGCAUGCAUGUUCGCGUGAAUGUGGAUAAAAAGGCAAUACAUCUAGUGAGCCCUGAUAGUCGACUGCAAUUGUUCAUUUGUGGUGAAAAUGAUGAAGGGGUUCACGGGAACAAUUCUGGUUUAUUUGUCUUUCUUAAUAUCACAAAUAAACAAAAAUUUCGCUCAAGAGUUCAGUUAUGAGGGAAGUAUGGGACCAAAUCACUGGGGUGAAUGGUAUCACCAAUGUGUAGGAAAACAUCAAAGUCCUAUAAAUAUUGUGGAACAUGACGUUGAAAUCGUUGAGUUACCUAAACUUCGGUUUGUCAAUUUUGAUUUGAAAAUUGAAGAAGUCGAAUUACAUAAUAAUGGGCAUACAGUCGUUUUGCUUAUUAGACACGGUCCUUUACCAAUAAUACUUGGAGGUCCGUUGACUGGAAAAUACCAGUUUGCUCAGUUACAUUUUCAUUGGGGACAAAACGACGCCGAAGGAUCGGAAAAUAGAAUCAACAAUGGAAGCUUUCCAAUGGAGUUACACGUGGUAUUUUUUAAAGCUUCUUAUGGAUCAUUUAAGGAAGCCACUGAACAUCCCGAUGGUCUAACUGUAUUGUCUUUUCUAUAUUCUACAUCAAGACAAUCAAAUCCCACUUACGACAAGUUUGUACAAAUGCUACCAAUGGUCGAAAAGCCAAAAUCAAGUACAAUUAUAACAAAUUUUCCAACUUUUGACGAUCUUACACUGACAGACAGGGACGCCUAUUUUACAUAUGGAGGCUCUCUAACGACACCUCCAUGUUCUGAAGUGGUCACGUGGAUAGAAUUUAAAAAAACGAUACCUUUAUCGCAUAAUCAGAUUCAGUAUUUUAGACAGCUAAACGAUCAUAAUGGUAAAUUAUUACACAAUUUUCGACCAGUACAACCCCUAUAUGGUAGAACUAUAAGACUAAGUAUAUCUCCAGAAUGGAACACAUUAUUCAGUGAUGUGGAAAAAAACAAUAAAGCAACCCCUAGAAAUGAUGGAAUGGGUAUUAAAAUUCGAAACUUUUCAAUAUACAAGAUUGCAGUUUUCGCUGUGUUUGUAAUAAUAUCAAGAAUUGUUUCAUAGAAAAGUUAAGAGUUAAAGAAAGGAGUAAUUGUACGAAUGGUUGGACUCCCUCUUGAAUUUGGAAGAAAAGUAGAUCUCCUCCACCCGGUAAUUCGCUCAUCAAGAUAAUUUCCAUUUCUAGUUUUCACAUUCACCCUAAAUGCUUCGACGUCUCUGUCCUCGCUUAAAAACACUUCCUUAUCCCUAAAUCAAAGGGGAAGUCCCACUGUACAAUUACCAAGAAAGGAUCUCAAAGGAAAACAAAAAAAAAUAUUUGCCAUAUCA